UAUAAAAGCACCUCAAAAACUAGGCACUUGUGCAAGAUACCUUAUUGUAACAAUCUCUGAACAGUUUUCCAUGCAUGCAAAAUAAGUGUAGCUUUUCUUCCACAACAUUUUAGUCAUUGUAUACAGUACUCUAUAGAAGCACGCACCCUUUCAAAUCAGAGUGGAAAGACAGUUUUAGGGCAGUUGUAUAUUGGGCCACAUGCAUCAUAAAUGCAAUCUGAUAUAAGCCCUUCUGAUAGGGCUAAUAAAAAUCCUUAGUUGUACUUCAAACAUGCAUAAAAGGGUUAUCAGAUAAACUUUGAUACCUAUUCUGGAUCUCUCUCCUCUCCCUGCCCCCGGAACCAAUAUGGCAGCAAAAGUUCGGGAGGAAGCCUCUCGGAAGAUAUAUGAAAAGUACCUUUCAAAUUGAACCUCCUGAAAUAAGGUAAUGUUUAACUAUAUAUUAUAGUUAGGUAAGAGAUCUGGGAAUCCUUUGGUGGGCAGAAUAAUUCCCAAAUGCCGCCUCUAUACAAACCCUAUAUGCUUGGCCAAAGCUAUUCAGCGGAAAGUCCAGAAAAGUAAUGAGACGUUAGCCAGGUUUGGUUGGGUCAUGCCAAGAAGAGCCAAAUUGUAGAAUUUCUCUGGAACGUCCUACACCAAAGAGACCAUGGCCUCCAGGCUUCUGCCAGCCGUCAGCUGUGGGCAGGGCUGGUGUUAGGAAUUGGCAGCUAAGAGUCAAGCUUACACUCUUGUAUGCCUUUCCAGCAUUGUGCUAGUAUUGCCACACGCUCCCCCAGCUCAGUAGAUUAAAGGCCCCACCAAGGGAUGGGGGCUGCCUAUGGAAAACCUAUCAUAUGCAUUAGAACGGCACCACCUCAUUUGGAGUUGACUAGUGGACCCCCAAGUCCUUUGAAGGCCAACACAAGCACAAAGAAUCGCCUGUGUGUGGCACAAUCUCCACUCCUUUAAAUGAAGGGGCUUUGUUUUAUAAAGCAAGGCACCUUGCAGUUGGGAAUCCAGCAGGCUGUGGUGCUAAGGAGGACAGUAGCAGAGGGAAGCAAACCUUUAGUAGCCAAACCCUCAGGUUCAGCUCUGUGGUUGCAGCUAAUCUAAGAUGAUCCAUGAUAUAUGCCUUAUCAUACUUUUUGCAUCCUCAUACCCAAACAACAUGUACUGAUAAAGGUCUAGAAGAAAGAAGAAACUAUAAGAAAUAUAGUUUUUGCUUGAUUGUUGAAGGGUAAUACUGGACAAAUUCUUUAGAGAAAACCACCCGGCGGUUAAUAAGGGUGGUGGCUGAUGGAAGAAUUGUAUGGAAUUUUACCACCUAUUAUAUCACUUCCCAAAUACAGAACUGCCCGAUGCCCCUUGAACAUGCAUCAGAGAAUUGCACAGUGCAAUGAAGAAAACUACCCUCACAUCAAACCAGAGGAAGACUUCCAGGUGAAUUCUGAUGCAAUCAUUUACCAUGGUCAUAGCCUUCUACAUUUAGCUGUAGCCAACAGGUAUCAUCAAACUCUAAUACACCUGCUGAAGAAUGGAGCCAAUAUAAAUGACAGGGAUAGGUUAGGCCAAACUGCUCUUCACCUAGCUUCUGAAAUCCUCGACCAGCAGGCAAUUACCAUGUUACUCCUCUGUGGAGCGAAUGCCAAUCUCGCAACUCCAGAUACCAAAGAAACUCCUCUCCACUUUGCUGUCUGGUCUUCAGCCUGCAAGGCUGGCAUAGUCUUAGCAGCAGGUGAUAAGUGUGUUAAGCUACUGCUGUGCAAUGGAGCAGAUGUACACAUGAAAGACUGGGAAGGGCAAGAAGUUAUUCACAGCGCUUGCCGAAGUGGCAGAAGAGAUAUAAUAAACCUCUUGCUUGAUAAUGACGCAGAUGUUAACGCUUUAACGCAGGAGGAGGAGUCUGCACUUUUUCUAUUUCUUGAAAAAGAGACCAAUCUAAGGCAGGGAGACGUACUGAAGAGAUUGCUAAGCUUAUCAUAUCCUUUGAAAUUAACAAACAGGGAAGGUCGUUUACCCAAAGCACUCAGCCAUCCAUGCUGUGGACUGCUGAAAGAUAUGCUCCUGAGAGUGUCUUCAGAGGUCUUGUCUUUGGAGGAUAUUUGCAAAUUCAACAUCAGGAAGGUAUAUCGAGGUAACAUGAAAUUCUGGCUAAAAGGAGUGAUUCCAACCAGCUUGUGGCAUUCCAUAUACAUCAAUCAAGAGUUCUCCUAUGCUUCAAAAAUAAAUUAUUUUUGAUUUACUGUGCAACACACAUUUUGGAACGCUAUCAGACAAGAAGAGCAGAAAGAGGGCCCCGUAAAGCUUUCAAAAAUAAGCUUCCUUGUUUAAAUUAAAUAAAAUUUGGAAAAAAAACUAGUGAGAAACUUGAAUUUGGCUUUAUCUUCUGAAGCAUUACAAAUUCUGUCGAGUGUUAUUUGAAUAACGUCCAUUUAAACUAGUCUGUUAGGGUAAAAGAUUUGUAAGAACAAUGGGAGUAGAUUUCUACAUACAAAAAGUUCCACUUGUAUGGCAUGG